CCUCGAACCCAAUUCAUCACUCGGCUUUCCUCUUUAGGCCUGAUUAAUCAUUCAUACGAUACCCAGUUUCAUCAACAUCGAUCUCAACAAUACUUUCAUAACUAAAGAGGUAAAGAAACAAACAUGGCAACCAUUCAAGCUCCAAACAAGUUAUUUUCCUUGACUUCUUCAUCAAAUUCUCGCAGAGGAAUCAUUAAAGCCACCAUAAAUGCACCAAAAAUUUGGAUUACUCCUCUCCCUCUGCCUAAGCUCUCUAGUAGAGGCUUGGUGGAGGAACUAGACAGGAGAAGUUGUUAUGAAAUGGCAACAACUACUUCCACCCCAAUGGAAAAGGAUUCCACUUCUUGGAUCAAUAAUAAUACUUCUGUAAGGCAAAGCAUCGAUGCUUCUGAUCCUAUGGUCAUUGCCAGGCUCUAUGCAAUAAUGGAGGUCGUGGCAGAUAGGGUGGAGAUGCAUAAGAAUAUUGGAGAGCAGCGAGAUAACUGGAACAAUCUUCUUUUGACUUCCAUUAAUGCUGUUACUCUCACUGCUGCUACCAUGUGUGGACUUGCAGCCGUAAAUGCGAGUGGUGCACCACUUGUAGCCUUCAAGGUCUCCUCAACAGUACUCUAUCUUGCUGCUACUGGUAUGCUGGCAAUAAUGAACAGCAUCCAACCUUCUCAACUAGCUGAAGAACAAAGAAACGCUUCCAGGUUGUUCAAGCAGCUUAAUGCUCAGAUUCACACAAUGUUGGCUAUUGGCAAUCCUACUAUUAGUGAUGUGAAUGAAGCAAUGGAGAAUGUUUUGGCUCUAGACAAGGCAUACCCACUUCCAUUACUAGGUGAUAUGCUUGAAAAAUUCCCAUCAACUGUGAAGCCUGCAGUUUGGUGGCCACAACAAAAGCAGAAAAAAGUCAAAAGGCUUGGAAGGAAGAUGGAUGGAAAUGGUUGGAAUAGAAAGAUGGAAGAUGAAAUGAGAGAGAUUGUUGGGGUUUUGAAGAGGAAGGACAAGGCAGAUUACUUGAGGUUAGGUGAAAUAGCCCUAAAAGUAAACAAGAUAUUGGCAAUUUCAGGUCCUUUAUUAACCGGCCUUGCAGCUAUGGGGUCUGCUUUUGUGGGUACAAAUCCAUGGGCUGUGAUAGUGGGAGUCGUUGGUGGCGCUUCGGCGAGCAUUGUGAAUACAAUAGAGCACGGAGGGCAAGUUGGGAUGGUAUUUGAGAUGUAUAGGAGCACUGCUGGUUUCUUCAAGCUUGUGGAAGAGACAAUAGAAUCAAAUAUAAAUGAAAGAGAUGUGAGGACAAGAGAAAAUGGAGAAAUGCUUGAAAUCAAAGUGGCUCUACAGUUAGGCAGGAGCCUCUCAGAGCUAAGGAAUCUCGCAGCAUCUUCUUCUUCAAGAAAUGGGAAGGCUGCUGAAGAGUUUGCUAGCAAGCUUUUCUGAUUGUUAGUAGUUUAAUCAUAGUCCAGUUAACUUGACACAAUAAAUAUGUUGAUUUUUGUACAUAAUCUAACAAAAAAUUUUUCAUAAAUAUAUAAAUCAAUUUUAUUCAGAAAAUUC